UUUAUUUUUUAAGAAAGAGGAGUUUUGAAUAAUUAGUUUUUUACAAAUGCUGUGUUGGUCCUUUGCAUGUUUGGAGCUGUAAUAAAUUUUCACGCUGAUCACAUUUUCAGAAAUAGUCAACAAUAUUAAUAGUGAUGUGGUGAUUGGAAAACUUUUUAUCUUAUCAGAUUACUGUAUUAUUUUAAUAAUUUUUUUUGGCUUAUCUCCAGGCAAAAUAUAAUGGCCAUUUUAACACUGGAUAUGGGUUUCUAAACCAAAUAAACAGUUUCAUUUUUUGUAGGAGCCCCUGGAAACGGAGGAAAGGCCACUAAUGUCGGCCUGAUUAUGUAGAUCCCUACUUUAAAAGAUGUACAUGUAUAAAGUUUUAAUUUUAUAGAUGUACAUUUCUGCUGUAGGCUAAAUGUGGGAGUAUGAAGGUAUUACUGAUGGGGUGUCAGAGUAGCUGUGGCUGUGAUAACUUUAGUUUGAUUAUCUACAAUUAAGAUUUUGGUCAUUUAUAAAUGCUAUUGGAAACAUUUUUUUUUUUUUAAACUUUGAUGGUUUUAAAGUAUUAAAGUUGUGUAAGCAGUGAUUGAAGUAUAAUAGUAAUGAAAGCAUCACGUAUCUUAUCCUGGCUAUUAUUAAGAAUGAUAAAAUGUAUCUGUAGCAUCAAAGAUUUGUGAGGAUGGGUUGUUAUAGAAACUGAGUAACUUGUUGCAGGGUUUUAUUUGAUUCACACUAAUGGCACAAUCUAAGACUACAAGUGUUUCAUUAGCCUUUAAAAAGUCAUAAACACAGUGUAUAGCUCUUUAAUUUAUGUUUACAAAUGUUUAAGAGUUUAUGGCUAGGAAUGAAUUACCAAUAAAUCUAAAUUUGAUUUAUUGUGUUUAAUGAUUGAUUGGUACCAAGAUGAAGCUGCAAGUUUGUUUGUCUGAGUGGUGAUGGUCUAUACGUGUUUGAUCAUUGAGUUUUAGAGUUUGUUCUGGUUUUUAUGUAAAAUUGUGUUUUUUGUUAUUUUCUGUGACUAAAGUUAAGUUUAUUUAUUUAAUCUCUUAAUUCCCGUUCUUGUUGUAUAAUCACAUCUAGCAUAGCAUUAAUAUUGUUAAUUAAAUAUAUUCAAGAAAAACAAACACAUUCACAAACCUGGGUUAUUGUAUUGUUGGUAUUUCAGUGUUCCCUCUAAACAUUGCUUUGGACUUUUGUGAUUUUUACAAGAUACAUUAUUAUAGCUUUUUGCUUUGUUUUUUUUCUUCACAGCCCAUACCAUGGAGCUUCCAGCGGAUGGAUCCCCGAUGUUGGAGGGACUUCCAGAUAAUGGUAAGGAAGACGGUAAGUUGUGUUUAAAUGGAGCGAACAUGGUUUCUGAAGACCAUGGAGAGGAGUUGAGGUAUAGUUCACCUCCACAGCCUGAGGACUGUUCUACCAGCACCACCGGUAGCUCUUCUUCUAGCUCCACUGGUAGCUCUUCUUCUAGCUCCACUGGUAGCUCUUCUUCUAGCUCCACUGGUAGCUCUUCUACCAGCUCCAGUGAAGAUGAGGUAGGUAAUGGAGACCAGGACUUUAGAUCCCGAUUUCGGGUUGUCCAGGUCGUUCAACCAAACAUUAAAUUCCUGUGGGGCAUCGGCGUGCUUGAACAGGCAUUGGAACGUCUGAAAUCGACGGUUGAUCAGCUGGGCUCCGGUGACAGUAGCCCAGUGGUCCUUGCCAAUGUUGCGUUGCAGCUGCCUGAGAUUCUUCCCCAUAAUUUCAAAUAUAUACAAGACAUUGGGGUGGCUCAGAAGCCCCAAGAAGACAUGGCUCCUUCUACUUGUCUUGAAUUCCCAUCUGGACUUGACAAACAGGAAGAGCCCAUUUUGCGUCCAGAGAAGUCCAGUCCUAUUGGUACCUUGCAACAUCCUCAGGUUGGUUUGGAAGAGGACAGGGCUUCUUUGACUUCCAGCCCCACUGAGAGAACAACGAAGAAGGUGGAUGCUGCGAAGGAUGACGACCCACCAUCACAACCUAGUCAUCAGGUAGGUUUGAAAGAGGACGCGGCUCAUGUGACAUCUGUGACUGGUAUAAACGGGAAGAGGAGAAAGAACAGUGAUGAUGAAGAGCAGCCCCCAGCCAAGAGGUCUAGGCAGACUGUUACUGAAUUGGAGCUUGCCAUCAAGUCUAUUGUCCAGUCCUUCCCCUCCCAAGAGAUGGAAUAUGAAGAUCCCGUUGUGUUACCACCUGUCCUCUGUCUCUCACCUUUGAUGUCGUGUGAGGAUCCUGGACUGUCAUCCCCUAUCCUCAGUCCCUCCUGUAAAAGUCCUGUUUUCUCAUCCCCCGUCCUCAGUCCCUCAACAUUGACUCACUGUGAAGAUCCCAUUUUGUCACCCAGUGUUUUCGGUCUCUUACCAUGGAUGCCAUGUGAGGAUCCCAUUCUGUCUCCCCUUGUCAGUCCAUCAUCAACACACUUUCCAGAUUCAAAUUGUUCGUCCCCUGACUUCCGUUUCGGGAUGGAUACUGAAGAGGAAGCAGAAGAGGAAGCAAUACCUUCAACCUCUAGUGGAAUUACAGCAAGAGAGAGUUCCAGACACUUGUGGUUUAGACCUCACUACGACUUGUCAGGUGACUCUGAUUAGAUUGGGAUCCGUAAAAACUGAAGACCUGUUUGGGAAGUCACUUUAGGACGUCAUCAUUCCUCUCAUGUUUUUUAUUAAAGUCAAUGGGUUUCUAGUUAGCCUGAGGAAGCCUUAGGUAGCGUCUUGCACUGGGGCUUUUCUUCUUCUUUGUGUUUUCCUCUCAGCUCCCCCAUGUUUCAGGGUGUAAUAGUGGUGCUUCCCAACACGCUGCUCUCCAAUAUAGUAAAUUAUUCUGUCCUGUUCCUCUACUAAUCCAGUCUCCCAGUUUUUAAUCUUUCAGGUUUUAGCUGCUCAUCGCUGGAUCCUUUCAUCGUUGUCCAUGUGGUUCCUGCCUUCUGGAUCCCUUGUUUUUCACACUGCUUGUUGGAUCUCCUCAUCCUGUUAACCUCCACCUUCAACACCACCAGUCAGACGGAGGAAGAUAAGAGAACCCUGUUAACAAAAAAAUUGACCAACAAUGAAAGCAGAAACCUGCUCCACCUGUAAACCUCCACCUUCAACACCACCAGUCAGAUAGAGGAAGAUAAGAGAACCCUGUUGACAAAAAAAUUGACCAACAAUUAAAGAAGAAGACCUGCUCCACCUGCUGAUCUACUGGCUGUAACAGAUUGUGGAAAAGCAUCACCAGCAGCACUGGACCAAUCAGGAGAGAGAAGACACAGAGGACUGAAGGGACACAGAAAAUCCUGCUGGAAAUCCUGAGAUGAAGUUUCCUGAUGUAACCGGGGGAACCUGAGGACACAGAAUAAAGAAGGACCAUGUGAAGCAGACUCAUGAAGAGGAUGGUCAGAGUCG